UGUUUUUCUUCAUAGAUGUUUCUGUUGGCAACAACAUGUGCAUAUUUAUCCAAAGCACUAUCAGGAGUUUAUAUGAAUUCCAUGCUCACACAAAUAGAAAGACAAUUUGAUAUUCCCACAGCUAUAGUUGGACUGAUCAAUGGGAGCUUUGAGAUUGGAAACCUUUUGUUGAUUAUAUUCGUGAGUUAUUUCGGAACAAAACUGCACAGGCCUAUCAUGAUUGGUGUUGGAUGUGCGGUUAUGGGCCUAGGGUGUUUCAUAAUAUCACUACCUCAUUUCCUGAUAGGCCGAUAUGAAUAUGAAACAACGAUCUCCCCAUCAAGCAACUUGUCCUCAAACAGCUUCUUGUGUUCGGGAAACAGAAGUCAGACCUUACUGCCAGCACCAGAUCCAGCAGAGUGUAUAAAAGAAAUUAAAUCCUUAAUGUGGAUAUAUGUAAUGGUAGGAAAUCUUAUUCGUGGAAUUGGUGAAACCCCCAUCAUGCCCUUGGGUAUUUCCUACAUAGAAGAUUUUGCCAAAUCUGAAAACUCCCCUUUAUACAUUGGGAUUCUAAAAAUAGGAACGAGCGUUGGUCCUUUGAUUGGAUUUUUGUUGUCAACCUUUUGUGCAAAGAUUUAUGUAGACACUGGAUCUGUGAAUACAGAUGACCUGACCAUAACUCCCGCUGAUACACGCUGGGUUGGUGCUUGGUGGUUCGGCUUUUUGAUCUGUGCAGGAGUGAAUGUCCUGGCCAGCAUUCCCUUUUUCUUUUUUCCCAAAACACUCCCAAAGGAAGGACUAGAGGAUAAUGCAGAUGCGCCUACAAGUGAUAAAGAAGAGAAACACCAAGAAAAAGCCAAGGAGGAAAAACGUGGAAUCACUAAAGACUUCUUGCCAUUCAUGAAGAGCCUCUUGAGUAAUCCAAUUUACAUGCUUUUCAUCCUCUUAAGUGUGCUCCACCUCAACUCAGUUGUCAUUAUUGUUACCUUCAUGCCUAAAUACUUGGAACAGCAAUAUGGAAAAUCAACUGCAGAGGUAGUCUUUCUUGUAGGUAUUUAUACAUUACCUUCAAUGUUUGUUGGAUAUUUCACUGGUGGCUUGAUUAUGAAGAAGUUCAAGAUAACUAUCAAGAAAGCUGCAUACAUAGCAUUCUGCGUAUCCCUGAUUGAGCAUCUUCUAUUUUUCAUUUUCUUUAUGAUGGCCUGUGAUAAUUUGCCAGUUGCUGGCUUAACCACCUCUUAUGAAGGAAUUCAGCAGCCUUUGUAUGAGGAUCAUAAGGUGCUUGCUGACUGCAACACAAGGUGUAACUGCUUAACUAAAACAUGGGAUCCAGUGUGUGGAGACAAUGGCCUAUCAUACAUGUCAGCCUGCCUUGCAGGCUGCGAGAAGUCUGUUGGAACAGGAAUCAACAUGGUGUUUCAUAACUGCAGCUGCGUUCAGUCUUCAGGAAGCUCAUCUGCAGUCCUUGGGCUGUGCAACAAAGGCCCUGACUGUACUAUAAAGCUGCAAUACUUUUUAAUAUUGGCAUCAAUUGGCAGUUUCAUCUAUGCGCUAGCAGUCAUACAUGGGUAUAUGGUUUUUCUGAGGUGUGUCAAGUCUGAAGAGAAGUCACUUGGAGUUGGAUUACAUGCAUUUUGCACAAGAACAUUUGCUGGCAUUCCGGCACCUAUUUAUUUUGGCGCUUUAGUAGACCGAACCUGUAUACAUUGGGGAACUCUGAAAUGUGGUGAGCCUGGGGCAUGCAGGAUGUAUGAUAUAAAUAAUUUGAGGCGCCUUUACCUUGGGUUGUCAGCAGCUCUAAGAGGAUCAAGCUACCUCCCAGCAAUCUUCAUUUUAAUACUUAUGAGGAGGGCCCAACUCCCUGGGGAAACUGACUCUCCAGAGAAUGAAUGUGCAGAGAUGAAACUCACAGAGAAGGAAAGUGAGCACAUGGAUGUGCACAGAAAUUCUAUGGUUGAAAAUGACAGAGAACUGAAAACGAAGCUGUAAUGAGGUUUCUAUUGACCUACGCAAGCUCAUGGACAGUAUGCAUUUGGUUCUUUUAAAUCAUAAAAGGAACUAUUGGAACUCUUUUCUUAUCCCGAAGAACCUCAAAAAUUAUUUUACUCAUGAUAAAAAUAUUUACUGAUAGCAUUUUCAGAACACUGGGUUAGUACUUAAGAUUAUCCCAGAGAUCUCAAAGCUACAGAGAAACCAUGUCUUGAAAAACCAAAGGAAAGAAAAAAGAGACUAUCCCAGUGAAGAUUAUGGUGACCCUACCACACUAAACUUUAAAGAUGCUUUCAUUUUCAAUCAGUAUUUUCUCUUAUAACUCAAUCAAACCAAGUGUAUAUUUCUCACAUAUCUGCAAAGAGUGUUAAAACUUUCCCAUUCCUGAGACACUAUUCAGUUUCAUAGAAUUUAUGUUUCAAUGGUGGAGGUAUUUAGAACUGAAAAUAAAUAUCUUGUUUGUGUCAUUGAAAUAAUUAUUCUUUCUUAGUGCAAGACAUCAGCAUAUGUCUGUAUCUAUCUAGGGGUUGUAAACUGUUUUUUUUUUUGAAACAUGCUGUUUUCAAAAUACUACUUCUCAUUAAUGUAUCAUCUCUUAUAUUCAAUAAUUUUUUAAAUUACUCUUGUCAAACAGUUGAUCAUUUUGUUUAGUGCACUGAUAAAUUUAAUGAGGUUAUUAAAAAUCAUGUAGCAAAGAUGGUUGGAACAUUUUUUUCCCUCAUAAUUCAAAACCGGUCAUGGACUACUUGAUUAAAAACAAGUAUUUGAGAAAUCUAGACCAUCUAAAGGCCCUUUUAGAGAUGUGGUUUUAUGUCAGUAGUACAAAGCUUACCUAGUCUGUAGGAGAGCCUCAAUUCAACUCCAAGGUAGAGUACACACACACACACACACACAUCAAGGACGGAUGCAUUAUCAGAUGUUCUCAAAAGAAAUUUGGUCCAGUAUUCAUUUACUCACGUGU